CGCCCGGAGUCCCCGCGUGGCCGCCGCUUCCCUCCCGCAGCUGCCGGGACGCGCCGCGAUGCGCAGAGUAGGCGCGGGGGCCGCGCUCCUGGCCGCCCUGCUCUGGGGGGUCGCGCUGGGCCAGCACAGAGGUCUGUUUCCUGCUAUUUUCAACCUGGCUACCAAUGCUCAUAUCAGCACCAAUGCGACCUGCGGUGAGAAGGGCCCCGAGAUGUUCUGCAAACUAGUGGAGCAUGUGCCAGGCCGUCCUGUGAGGAACGCACAGUGCCGGAUCUGUGAUGGCAGUAGUGCCAACCCCAAAGAACGCCACCCAAUAUCACAUGCGAUUGAUGGCACCAAUAACUGGUGGCAGAGUCCCAGUAUUCAGAAUGGGAGAGAAAAUCACUGGGUCACCAUCACCCUGGACUUGAGACAGGUCUUCCGAGUCGCCUACAUCAUCAUCAAAGCUGCUAAUUCUCCGAGACCUGGAAACUGGAUUUUGGAGCGUUCUCUGGAUGGCGAAAUGUUCAGCCCCUGGCAGUAUUAUGCAGUUAGUGACUCCGAGUGUUUGACCCGCUACAAUAUAACUCCAAGACGGGGCCCGCCUACGUACAGGUCUGAUGAUGAAGUCAUCUGCACCUCCUAUUACUCCAGACUGGUCCCGCUGGAGCAUGGAGAGAUUCACACGUCAAUCAUCAACGGCAGGCCCAGCGCUGAUGACCUCUCACCCAAGCUGCUGGAAUUCACUUCGGCGCGAUACAUCCGACUUCGCCUGCAGCGUAUACGGACCCUCAAUGCAGAUCUUAUGACCCUCAGCCACCGUGACCCCAAAGACCUCGAUCCUAUUGUCACCAGACGGUAUUACUAUUCAAUCAAAGAUAUUUCUAUUGGAGGAAUGUGCAUUUGCUAUGGUCAUGCUAGUAGCUGCCCAUGGGAUGAAACUACAAAGAAACUCCAGUGUCAGUGUGAACACAACACAUGUGGUGAGAACUGCAACAAGUGUUGUCCUGGGUUCCAUCAGCAGCCCUGGAGACCAGGGACCCUUUCUUCUGGGAACAUGUGUGAAGAAUGUAACUGUCACAAUAAAACCAAGGACUGCUACUAUGAUGAAAAUGUUGCAAAUGAGAAGAAGAGUCUGAACACUGCUGGGCAGUUAAGUGGAGGAGGGGUUUGCAUCCACUGCGGGCAGCACACCAUGGGGGUCAACUGCCAGACGUGCAUUGACGGCUAUUUCAGGUCUCACGGAGUGUCUCCUUAUGAGGACAACCCUUGCCUUCCCUGUGACUGUAACCCUUUGGGGUCCCUCAGUUCUGUUUGCAUUAAGGAUGAUCUCCAUGCUGACAUACACAGAGGGAAGUGGCCAGGUCAGUGUCCUUGCAAGAAAGGUUAUGCAGGAGAGAAGUGUGAUCGUUGCCAGUUUGGCUAUAAAGGUUUCCCGGUCUGUGUUCCCUGUAACUGCAAUCUGCCAGGCAGCGUGAAUGAGGACCCGUGCUCUGAACCCUGUGUCUGCAAGGAGAACGUGGAGGGAGAAAAGUGUGACCGCUGCAAGCCAGGAUUCUACAAUUUGGAGGAAAGGAACCCCCAGGGCUGCUCGGAGUGCUUCUGCUUUGGCGUAUCUGAUGUCUGUGACAGCCUUUCUUGGCCCAUCGGUCAGGUGAAGAACAUGUCCGGGUGGCUGGUCUCUGACUUGAUCAGCCCAAAGAAGAUCCCGUGUCAGCAGGGCGGCCGCCAUCAGAUCACCAUCAACAACACGUUGGUCAUGCAGAGACUGCCACUCACGUAUUACUGGUCUGCCCCUGAGGCCUACCUUGGAAACAAGCUGACGUCCUUUGGUGGAUUCCUGAAGUACACGGUGUCUUAUGAUAUUCCAGUGGAUACGAUGGACAGUGCCCUCCUGUCUCACGCCGACGUUAUCAUCAAGGGUAAUGGACUCACUUUAAGCACCCAGGCUGAGGGCCUGUCAUUGCAACCUUAUGAAGAGUACUUAAGUGUGGUCCGACUGGUGCCUGAGAACUUCCAAAAUUUUAAUAACCAAAGGGAGAUAGAUCGUGACCAGCUAAUGACUGUCCUGGCCAAUGUGACCCAUCUGUUGAUCAGAGCCAAGUACAAUUCUGCAAAGAACGCUCUUUACAGGUUGGAUUCAGUGUCCUUGGACACAGCGAGUCCUAACGCUAUUGACCUGUCGCUGGCCGUGGACGUGGAGCAUUGUGAAUGUCCCCAAGGCUAUGCAGGGAUCUCCUGUGAGUCCUGUCUUCCUGGCUAUUACCGAGUGGAUGGGAUACUCUUUGGAGGAAUUUGUCAGCCUUGUGAAUGCCACGGCCAUGCAACGGAGUGUGAUAUUCACGGCAUCUGCCUUGCUUGUGAACACAACACCACAGGACACCACUGUGAACAGUGCACACCAGGCUUCUAUGGCCGGCCGGCCCAAGGAAGCCCGGGGGACUGCCAGCCCUGUGCCUGCCCCUUGACCACCGCCUCCAACAACUUCAGCCCUACCUGCCAUCUCGACGGUGAUGGAGACGAGAUAGUCUGUGACCAGUGUGGCCCCGGAUACUCGGGAAUGUGGUGUGAGAGAUGCGCAGACGGUUACUAUGGAAACCCCACAGUGCCCGGGGAGUCCUGCAUUCCCUGUAACUGCAGUGGCAAUGUUGACCCCUUGGAGCCUGGCUACUGUGAUUCUGUCACUGGAGAAUGUCUGAAGUGUGUUGGGAACACGGACGGCCCCCACUGUGAGAGGUGUGCGGACGGCUUCUACGGGGAUGCUGUGGUCGCCAAAAAUUGCCAAGCCUGCAAGUGCCACGGAAAAGGCUCCUUUUCUGGCGUGUGCCAUCAUGAGACUGGACUCUGUGACUGCAAACCACACGUGGCCGGACAGCGUUGCGACCAGUGCUCGUACGGCCAUUACGGACUGGACACGGGCUUUGGCUGCCUGCCCUGUAACUGCAGUGCCGCAGGCUCCACGUCGGAAGACUGCACAGAGGAAGGCCGCUGUCGCUGUGUGCCGGGCGUGGCUGGGGACAGAUGUGACAGAUGUGCACAUGGCUUCUACGCCUUCCGGGAUGGCGGCUGUACACCCUGUGACUGUGCUCACACCCAGAAUACCUGUGAUCCUGAGUCGGGCGAGUGUACCUGCCCCCCUCACACUCGCGGUGUGACCUGUGAACAGUGUGAAGAUGGAUACUGGGGUCAUGACCCGGAGCACGGCUGUCAGGCCUGCAACUGCAGUACCGUGGGUUCCGCCAGUCCCCAGUGUGACACACUCACCGGGCAUUGCCAGUGCCAGCCCACCUUCGGGGGACCGAGCUGUGAUCGGUGUUCCCUGGGUUACAGGGGCUUCCCAGACUGCGUGGCCUGUGGUUGUGACCUGAGAGGGACGUUGCCGGACACCUGUGAUCAGGGUCGGGGUCUCUGCAGCUGUGCAGAGGACACUGGUGCCUGCUCUUGCAAGGAAAAUGCCGUUGGCCUUCAGUGCAGCGAGUGUCGAGCGGGCACCUAUGGUCUCCACGCCGAGAGCCCCUUGGGAUGCACCCAGUGCUUCUGCUUCGGAUUCUCACAGCUCUGCGGGGAGCUGGAGGGUUAUGUGAGGACACCGGUGACACUGGGUUCUCAUCAGCCUCUUCUGCGUGUGGUUUCCCAGAGUGACCUGAGAGGCACCACGGAGGGGGUGUAUUACCAGGCCCCCGACGUCCUCCUGGACUCGGUGAUAGCCAGGCAGCAUGUCCCCUCCGAGCCCUUCUACUGGUGGCUCCCAGAGCAUUUCCACGGGGACCAGCUCAUGGCCUAUGGCGGCAAACUCAAGUACAACAUAGCCUUCUACUCUGCCUCUGGCAUCGGCACCUUCAAUUUGGAACCUCAAGUAAUUAUCAGAGGCGGCCGAACCCGGAAGCAGGUCCUUUAUAUGGACGCGCCCACACCAGAGAAUGGAGUCCGACAGGAACAAGAAGUGGAGAUGAGAGAGAGCUUUUGGAAAUACUUUAACUCUGUUUCUGAAGAACCUGUCGCACGCUCAGAUUUUAUGGCUGUCCUGAGCAACAUUGAGUACAUCCUCAUCAAAGCAUCCUAUGGCAAAGGGUUACAGCAAAGCAGGAUCUCUAAUAUCUCCCUGGAGGUUGGCAGGAAGACUCAAGUGUUGCAGCCGGGGCAGGAGGCGGCCUCCCUGAUAGAGAAGUGUGUCUGCCCUCAGGGCACAGCUGGAUUCUCAUGUCAGGACUGCGCCCCUGGUUACCGAAGAGGAAAGCUUCCGGAAAGCAUUGGCAGUGGCCCUCACCCUCUGCUCGCCCCUUGUGUGCCCUGCACUUGCAACAACCACAGUGACACCUGUGACCCCGAAACUGGGACAUGUCAGAACUGCAGGGACAACACCACUGGCGACCACUGUGAAGUGUGUGCUCCCGGCUACUACGGCAAGGUGACCGGCUCGGCCAGCGACUGCGCUCUGUGCACCUGCCCUCAUCGCCACCCUGCCAGUUUCAGUCCCACCUGUAUCUUGGAAGGUGAAGAUGACUUCCGCUGUGACGCCUGUCUUCCAGGCUACGAAGGCCAGUAUUGCGAGAGGUGUUCUUUAGGAUACUAUGGAAACCCGAGGAUACCAGGGGGCACUUGCCAGAGGUGUGUCUGCAGCCCCCAAGGCUCUGUGCACAGUGAUUGUGAUCGCUCGUCUGGGCAGUGUGUCUGCCGACCAGGGGCCACUGGACUCCGAUGUGACAAAUGCAAACCAAGGCACAUCCUAGUGGGGAGUGAUUGUGUCUCUUGUGAUAAUGAGUGUGUAGGUGUGCUGCUAAAUGAUUUAGAUAAUAUUGGUGAUAAAAUGAUGUCUGUGAACCUUACUGGCAUUAUUCCAGUCCCAUAUGGAGUCGUUUCAAAUCUGGAAAACACAACAAAAUCUCUCCAGGAAUCUUUAUUAAAAGAAAAUGCACAAAAGAAAGUGGCAAAAACUCAACUUGAAGGUGUUGUAGAGAAAACAGACAACCUGCAAAAGGAGCUCACGAGAGUGUUCACCAGCAGCCAGCGUGUGACCAGAGAGACUGAAAAAGUCCUCAACAAGAGUCGAGAUCUCGUGACGUUUGCCGAGACGCUGCAGAGAAACAUUCAAGAACUUAUUGAAAAGGCAGCGACUCUAAAUCAGACCUUAGAUGAAGAUUUCCAGCUACCCAGCUCUACUUUUCAGAAUAUGCAAAAGAACAUUUCAUCUCUGCUGGAAAUGAUACGGGACAGACAUUUCCUGCAGUUACACCAAAAGGCCAUGCUUGAACUGAAGGCUGCUGAAAACUUAUUGUCACACGUCCAGAAAAAUUAUCAGAAGCCACAGGGAGAGCUGGCAGUAUUGAAAGAAGCAGCCAGCAGCCUCCUUUCCAAAUACAACGGCAGCCUGCAGACAAUAGAAGAGGCCCUGAGAGGGACAGAGGAGAAGACCCAGGAGACCCGCCGCCUGCUCUUCACUGCCCGUGCCAAUGCCCAGGCAGUCCAUGAUAAAAAUCUCUAUGUUAAAGAAGAACAAAAUUUGAGCUCAGUGUUCAUUGCCAAAGGGAGAACAUUGCUAGAUGGCGCUACAACUCUUGCCAAGGCUGCACAAAGUGCUCUAGUACACUUGGAAAGUCAUCGAGAUGAGCUGCUCAUGUGGGCUGCCAAGCUCAGGCUCCAUGUAGAUGAGCUGGUCAUGCAGAUGUCCAGGCGAAGGGCACUGGGCCUUGUCUACACAGUGGAGGAUCAUGCUGCAAGCCUCCAGGGACUAGCACGUGCUUUGGACAGUGACCUCAGAGACGUCAGACAUGUGUCUCUGAAUGCAACCAGUGCGACCCAUGUCCACUCCAACAUCCGGAGCCUGAUUGAAGAAUCAGAAGUAUUAGCAAGAAAUGCUCUCAGCACUUUGACCAAGGCAGACAUGCUCUCAGAACCCCUUGUCUCUAAUGUGAAAGCGACUCUCCAGCACAGUCUGAAACUUGUAAAAGAAGGCCACAGUCUGAGUAGGAAGCAUCAAGGCGUCACAUUGGAACUGAGCAGAAUGAAAGAGACGGCCAAAAGGUUUCAAGAGAAUGCUGGUCAAAUCACGAAGCAGACGGAGGAAUCACUCCUGAGACUCAGAGCCAUUCCUGACGGUGUUACAAACAGAAAAAUCAGAAGCAGAGAGCUGGCCACGUCAGCAAACCAGAGUGCUGUGAGCACACUCAAAACAGUUGUGGGACUGAGCCAGAAGCUGUUGAAUACAUCAACUGACCUGCAUGCAGUUAAUUCUACCUUACAAAAAACAAACCUUCUUCUACAGGACUCCUCAAUAACUACUCUGUUAGCUGGAAGAAGAAUCAAAGAUGCAGAAACACAAGCCAACCUGUUAUUUGAUCGAUUGAAACCCUUGAAGAUAUUAGAAGAGAGUCUAAGCAGAAACCUAUCUGAAAUCAAACUGCUGAUCAGCCAGGCCCGGAAACAAGCAGCUUCUAUAAAAGUGGCUGUGUCUGCAGACAGAGACUGUAUCCGGGCCUACCGGCCUCAGAUCUCUCCCACUAACUAUAACACCCUAACACUAAAUGUUAAGACAAGUGAACCUGAUAACCUUCUUUUCUACCUUGGAAGCAGUACCAGUCCCGACUUCAUGGCAGUGGAAAUGCGACAAGGGCACGUGGCCUUCCUCUGGGACCUGGGCUCUGGGUCUGCACGCUUGGAAUUCACAGACUUCCCGAUUGACGACGACAGAUGGCACAGUAUUUACAUAACCAGAUUUGGAAACGUGGCUUCACUGAGCGUAAAGGAAAUGAGCACAUCCCAAAUAUUACCCCCAAAAACAAGCAAGUCUCCAGGAAGAGCCAAUGUUCUAGAAAUAAACAAUUCAACACUAAUGUUUGUUGGCGGACUUGGAGGGCAGAUCAAGAAGUCUCCUUCUGUGAAGGUUACUCAUUUUAAAGGCUGCAUGGGUGAGGCCUUCUUGAAUGGACGAUCAAUUGGCCUGUGGAACUAUGUCGAAAGGGAGGGAAAGUGCAAUGGCUGUUUUGGAAGCCACCAGAAUGAAGAUGCUUCCUUCCACUUUGACGGAAGUGGAUACUCAGUUGUGGAAAAGACUCUCCGGCCCACUGUGACUCAGAUAAUUAUGCUAUUUAAUACCUUUUCUCCUAAUGGACUUCUUCUCUACCUUGCUUCCAAUGGCACUAAAGACUUUUUGUCCAUCGAGCUGGCCCAUGGCAGAGUUAAAGUUACAGUUGACCUGGGCUCAGGGCCUCUUGCUCUUAUUACAGACAGACGCUACAACAAUGGAAACUGGUACAAAAUCGCCUUCCAGAGAAACCGAAAGCAAGGACUCUUAGCAGUUGUUGAUGCCUACAAUACCAGUCAUAGAGAAACCAAGCAAGGAGAAACGCCCGGAGCUUCUUCUGACCUCAAUCGUCUCAAUAAAGACCCCAUUUAUGUGGGUGGAUUACCUAGGUCUGGAAUGAUAAGGAAAGGCAUCACCAGCAAAAGCUAUGUAGGCUGUAUCAAAAACCUGGAGAUCUUCAGAUCAACCUUUGACUUACUCCGAACUUCCUACGGCGUGAGAAAAGGCUGUGUGUUGGAGCCAAUCCGAAGUGUUAGCUUCUUGGAAGGCGGCUACAUUGAAUUGCCACCCAAGUCGUUGUCACCAGAAUCAGAAUUAUUGUUGACAUUUGCCACCAGCAACAGCAACGGCGUCAUCCUGGCUGCCCUGGGCAAGCGCAGGGAGAGUGCGGGCUAUCGGCAGGCCUCUAUGCCCUUCUUUGCCAUCAUGCUGAUUGAAGGCCACAUUGAAGUACACGUCAGUUCCGGAGAUGGAGCAAAUCUGAGAAGAACUCUCCUGCAGGCCCCCCAAGGCAGCUAUAGCGACGGGCAAGAGCAUUCCUUCUCCUUGAUGAGGAGUGGGAGAACCAUCACGGUCCAGCUGGAUGAGGCAUAUCCAGUGGAGAUGAAGCUGGGCCAGUUCGCAGAAGUCAGAACCAUUAGUGUAUCCAACCUGUACUUAGGGGGCAUCCCAGGGGGCGAAGGCACCUCUGUGAUCAAGAUGCGGAGCUCAUUCCGUGGCUGCAUCAAGGACCUCAUCUUCAACAUGGAACUGUUGGAUUUCAGCAGCGCAGUCGGCUAUGAGCAGGUGGACCUGGACUCCUGCUGGUCUUCAGAAAGGCCUGUGCAGCUUCUGCCUGGAGAAGACAGCCAGCUCUCACCAGAAUCUCUGAUUUUACCAAGUCCAGCUGUGUGUGCAAGAGAAGGCGCUCUGGAGUAUGUCCCUAAUGCUCACCAGUUUGGGCUCGCACGGAACAGCCACUUCGUGUUGCCGUUUGAUCAGUCGGAGGUCAGAAAGAGGCUGUCCGUGCAGCUCAGUAUCCGGACAUUUGCUUCCAGCGGUCUCAUCUACUACAUGGCUCAUCAGAGCCAAGUGGAUUAUGCCACGCUUCAGCUGCAUGGGGGGCAGCUGCACUUCAUGUUUGAUCUGGGGAAAAGCAGAACAAAGGUCUCCCAUCCGGCGCUGAUCAGCGAUGGCAGGUGGCACACGGUCAAAACAGAAUACUUUAAAAGAAAAGGCUUCCUGACAGUUGACGGCCUGGAGGCCCCUGCGGUGACCAUGGUGGGAGAUGGCAUCACGCUGGAUGUGGAGGGAAAGCUGUACUUGGGAGGCCUUCCCUCUGAGUACAGGGCUAAGAACAUUGGAAACGUCACCCAUAGCAUCCCUGCUUGUGUCGGAGAGGUGACAGUGAACAACAGACGGCUGGAUAAGGACAGCCCAGUGUCUUCGUUUGCAGUAAGCAGGUGCUAUGCAGAGGCCCAGGAAGGAACUUUCUUUGAUGGAAGUGGAUAUGCAGCUCUUGUCAAAGAAGGCUACAGAGUCCGCUCAGACAUGAACAUCACACUGGAGUUCCGUACCUUCUCAGAGAACGGCGUCCUCGUGGGGAUCAGCAGUGCCACAGUGGAUGCCAUCGGGUUAGAGAUUGUAAAUGGCAAGUUCAUGUUCCAUGUUAACAAUGGUGCCGGCAGGAUAACGGCCACAUAUGAGCCCAAAGCGACUAGCACUGUCUGCGAUGGGAAGUGGCACACACUCCAAGCUAGCAAAAGCAAGCACCGUUUGCUUCUGGCUGUUGAUGGGAAUGUCGUUUACGCUGAGAACCCUCACAUACAGUCCACCUCAGUAGAUACCAACAAUCCCAUUUAUGUGGGUGGCUAUCCUGCUGACGUAAAACAGAAUUGCCUGAGCAGCCAGAUCUCAUUCAGAGGCUGUUUGAGGAACCUCACUCUCAUCAAGGGCCCACAGGUUCAACUCUACGACUUCAGCAGUGCGUUUGACUUACGAGGCGUUUUCCCCCACUCUUGUCCUGGGGCUGCAUCUUAAAUAUCAGCGGAAUGCCUCCAUUGGGAUUCAGCACUUGUAUUCUGAGCAGAACUGGCUGUUUUUGUGGACUUGAGACCUUUUCAAUCCAGAUUUAAUCUCAGGUCCCUUCCAGGAUAAAGCUUCAUGUUCAUGUUAAACUAAAACCACCCUGUGGACAACAGACACCUCUAUUAUAUAGUUUUAAAUGUAAAAUAAAUUCACUGAAUCUC